AUGUCUUCACGAUCAAUAAUUCAAAAAAGUAAUUUAUUAGUGUCACAACUAGCGAAAUCUCAUAUAAAAUCAUUAUAUUUCUUUCAUAUAAACCCUGGAAGAAUAGUAGACACCAUGCUUCAUGUCGGUUCCUAA